AUGACGGCUCGCUUCUGGAAGGCACAGAGCAAACGGGUGGCCAGGGCGCUGUGGCAUAAAGAGGGUACUGAGGACAUCAAUAAGAAAGUGUACGUCCCAGUAGGUAUACCCUAUACCGAGGAGGAGUCCAUCAUGAUCGAUAAUUGGGCCAAGUCGGCAAGCGUAACUUCCACUCCAUUGGUGAGGAUGCAUCCACAGACAGCCGAGCCAUUGGCCACCAACAGCCCGAAGGUCCCUAUCACUCGUGGUUGGUCCGGUGUCCCUGCCUAUGGUGAUACAGCUGUACCCGUCACAGAUCUAGUCAUAUGCAUUCAUGGCAUUGGUGAGCAUCUCUGGUCGCAACAAGCCUAUUCCCAGCCCGGUUUAGUCGAGCAAUGUCGAGGUUUCCGUUCCAUGGUCAACGAGCCAGCGUCCGGCUCUAGAAUUGAGUGA